UUCUUAACUCGUUUGGAAAACCCUAGCUAUCUCGUCUGCAAUCCGCUAGCUCCGCCAACCUCACAAAUGGCAAAGAAGAAAGAGAAGAAAUCAAACAUCUCCGGCAAGCCGAAACACUCACUAGACACAAAUCGCAGCAAUGGAACUGUCAAAAACACCAAUUCCCGCAGCGCCGCCACCGUGCGCCGCCUCCAGAUGUACAACGUCAGGCCCAAACGUGACAGCAAAGGAAAAAUCUUAAAGCAUGAUUUUCAAUCUAAUGAACUUCCCAACACUCGCAUCCAACCCGACCGCCGUUGGUUCGGGAAUACACGAGUUGUGAAUCAGAAAGAGCUUGAAUUUUUUCGCGAGGAGUUACAAAGUCGGAUGUCUAGUAGUUAUAAUGUUAUUUUGAAGGAGAGGAAGCUGCCUUUGUCGCUUUUGAAUGAUCACCAGAAGCAAGCCAGAGUUCAUCUUCUUGAUACACAGCCUUUUGAAGAUGCCUUUGGCCCUAAGACAAAGAGGAAACGCCCAAGGCUUUUGGCAGCAGAUUAUGAGUCUUUAGUUAAGAAAGCUGAUGGUUCUCAGGAUGAUUUUGAGCAGAAGUAUGGUGAUGAGGCAAAUGGAGAAGGAACAGAAGCAGAUGGGUUUAGGGAUCUGGUCCGUCAUAAUAUGUUUGAGAAGGGCCAAAGUAAGCGUAUAUGGGGUGAACUAUACAAAGUCAUAGAUUCUUCAGAUGUCGUUGUUCAGGUUUUAGAUGCUAGGGACCCCCAAGGCACAAGAUGUUAUCAUUUAGAGAGGCAUCUGAAAGAACAUUGCAAACACAAACACAUGAUUCUUCUGUUAAACAAGUGUGAUCUUAUUCCUGCUUGGGCAACAAAGGGAUGGCUUCGUGUUUUAUCCAAGGAAUAUCCAACUCUAGCAUUCCAUGCAAGCAUCAACAAGUCAUUUGGCAAGGGUUCUCUUCUGUCAGUAUUGAGACAGUUUGCCCGCUUAAAAAGUGACAAGCAAGCAAUAUCAGUGGGUUUUGUUGGCUACCCCAAUGUUGGAAAAUCAUCAGUUAUCAACACAUUGCGUACCAAGAAUGUUUGCAAGGUUGCUCCUAUCCCAGGGGAAACCAAGGUCUGGCAGUAUAUAACACUCACAAAGAGGAUUUUCUUGAUUGACUGCCCUGGGGUUGUUUACCAGAACCAAGACUCAGAAACAGAUAUUGUAUUGAAGGGCGUGGUACGUGUCACAAACUUGCAUGAUGCUGCUGAACACAUAGGAGAGGUUCUGAAACGUGUUAAGAAGGAGCACCUACAAAGAGCAUAUAAGAUCAAAGCGUGGGAUGAUGAUAAUGACUUUCUGCUUCAGCUCUGCAAAUCAACAGGCAAACUUUUGAAGGGUGGUGAACCUGACCAUAUGACUGCAGCAAAGAUGGUUCUUCAUGACUGGCAGAGGGGUAAGAUACCUUUUUUUGUUCCCCCACCGCGCCUAGAAGACGAGUCCAAGGAGGAGCCUAAUGUCAAUGGUAUUGACACAGAGGAUGCGGGGGAUAGUAAUCAGGCAUCUGCAGCUUUGAAAGCUAUUGCAAAUGUCAUGUCAUCCCAGCAACAAAAAACUGUCCCUGUUCAAAGGGAUCUUUUUAGUGAGAAUGAGUUAAAGGGCAAUGAUGAUGAACAGGCUGUAGCAACUGAGGAUGAGAUCCCUGAUGAGCCUUCAGGGACAGAAGGUGAUGUGGCUGACGAACUUCCAACCACAGAAUAGACGACUAAGAUUUUGCAAGAAACUGUGUGCCAGUAUACGUCGUCGUUUAUCUUCUUUUUCGCCCCCCUGCUGUGUAAUAGCACUGUUAGGUAACGAGGGCUGGUCUGAGCCCGAGUUCCACUUCUAGUACACCUGUUCUGCAAGGGAGCGAAGGUGGAGUCAAAACCUUCUGCUGUUGAGCUCUUCA